ACCUGAAUCGAUCCGUCUGGCGUCUCUCGACAUAGUUUCCUAGGUUUUAAACCACACUCAGAAUUAGCAUUCACUAUCGUUCCUGACUAAAGGAAUCGUGGACUUUCUCGUGAUGUGAUUGUGGCUGUCACAGGAUGGGAAGAGCGUGCCGUUAUUUAGCUAGGGAUUGGUCCGUUUUGUGAAAGGGUGAGUGUGCAUCAGGAUCAUACAGAGACGGCGAAAAGUCGCCGCAUAAACCAACAGCAAACUGUCUUCCAAAGCUCCCGGCAGUUUUCCGCGUAAGAUCAUGGCUGAAGUGAGCUUCACGAAGCGAGCGGCUGCAGAACUAAGCCGCUGCUUCAACGGCCUGGCCGUCAGAGCCAAAGCCAGCACUUCAUCGAGGAAACCAGUCCGUGACUUCUGGGCCGCCCUUCAACGACCUAAGACUGCUGCGGAACUUCUAAGGGACUCGGACUUCCUUUGCAGGUUGUUUCGCUAUGUUCACGGGCGUGAGAGGACGUCGCUGGCUUUGGUUUGCCGAUCAUGGCGUGAUGCGCUCUACAUGGACGCAUGUCUUUGGAAAGGCUUUACGGGUGUUGUUCGUUGCCGGGAAGCCAGGUGUGAACCCAUCCAAGUUCGUCGCAGACAUUAUGAAAGCUUGGAAAGACGUGGUCUGGACUCCGUUUCUAUAAUCGGCUCCAAUGACGAAGACAUCCUGGACUUUAUCUCCAACGCGCCACCCACAUUUCUUCGUGGACGCAUCCGACAGUUAGGCCUCAGGUGCAGCAGCCUCUCUGACAAGACGUUAGAGACAUUAUUAGCAGCAACACCUCGUGUCACUAGCCUGGAACUGUUCGGCUGUAACGAGAUAACCGAUGCUGGACUGUGGGCCUCCUUAACGCCAGUGGUGACGUGCUUAACGUUAGCUGACUGUAUUAACGUCGCCGACGAUACGUUGGCAGCUGUGGCCCAGCUGUUACCUGGAUUACAAGAGCUCAAUUUACAAGCGUACCACGUGACAGAUGCUGCCCUCGCGUAUCUGGGACCUCGACAAGGCGCAACUCUUGCGGUCUUAAGAUUGCGCUCCUGUUGGGAGCUCACUAAUCAUGGCUUGUUGAACGUGGCACAUGCUCUGCCCCAUCUAGUGGAAUUGUCGCUUAGUGGUUGUUCCAAGAUUGGCGAUGAUGGUGUCGAACUAUUGGCGGAGAAUUUGAGACAGUUGAGGAUCUUGGACCUAUCGUGGUGUCCCAGGGUGACGGAUGCCAGUUUGGAGUUCAUUGCCUGCGACUUGGCGCAGUUGGAACAACUCACCUUAGAUCGGUGUAUGCACAUAACUGACAUUGGCUUGGGCUACUUGUCCACCAUUGGCAACCUGAGCGUACUCUAUUUGCGAUGGUGCUCGCAGAUCCGGGAUUUUGGCCUUCAGCACUUGUGCAGCAUGAAGAACCUCAAGAUCCUCUCAUUGGCUGGUUGCCCUCAAUUGACCUCUGGUGGCCUCUCUGCUUUGGCACAGUUACGACACCUCCAAGAAUUGGAGCUUACAAACUGUCCGGGUGCCAGCAGAGAACUCUUGGAUUACCUAAGAGACCAACUACCCCACUGUCUAAUCAUUGAGUGAACUCUCCCCUCGGUGUUGUCCUGUAGCUUGACCAUUCAACUGAAAACUAUUUUUGCUGCCCAUGUAGGUUGCUGCCAAAAAGGAUUGGUGUGCAUUUAAAAGAGCUUGUACAAAAAGCCUGGUUGUGAACGCUUGUAGCAAAACACGCAAGACAUCUUGCUCACUUUAGAUGCUCCAAUUGACAACAUUAUGCAACUGAACAUCUCCACAAAACAGCUUGGGUUCUAUCCACCUUCAGGAUAAUUUCACAUCCAUUUAAAGAUCACCUUGGGAAUUUUUCGGAAACUUCUCCAAUGCUGCCUUUAGUGCAAAACAUGAGUGAUAUAGGUGUUGAGCUAUUUUUGUAAGAUGUAGUACCCCUUUUGAUGUGUCUUGGAGCGUGAAACUUUUUGCGAGUUUUGGUUUAUGAAAGCACAGAUGUUCACCUCUUAGGACAGGGUUGUAUACUGGAGUCUAUCAGGCUAAUAAAACGUUAAUGCUUCCUUCA